UACCUUGGCUCCUCACAGCCCUACAGACCCCAUGCCCCGGGCCCCAGCCGUGUGGAUUGAAACCACGGCCUAUGGCCUGCUGCAUCUGCUGCUUUGGGAGGGCAAGGCAGAGAUGGCUGACCAGGCUGCAACCUGGCUCACCCACCAGGGCAGUUUCCAGGGGGGAUUCCGCAGCACCCAGGACACGGUGAUGGCCCUGGAUGCUCUGUCUGCAUACUGGAUCGCUUCCCACACCACUGAGGAGAGGGAGCUCAAUGUGACUCUCAGCUCCGUGGGCCGCAAUGGGCUCAAGUCUCACAUGCUGCAGCUGAACAACCACCAAAUUCGGGGGCUGGAGGAGGAGCUACAGUUUUCCUUGGGGAGCAAGAUUAAUGUGAAGGUAGGAGGAAACAGCAAAGGAACCCUGAAGGUGAGAGCCGGUGUGCUGGCUCCCUGGGCCCAGCAGGGAGGCAUCCUGAUGGGAGGCUGUGAGCAGAACUGGGGGUCAGGGGAGGAGGACUCCCCAGGGCUGGCGUCCUGUGCUCUGUCUGGGCUGCUUUCCCCUCCCUCUGGUCGGUGCCUCGUCCCUCUCAGUGCUGAUGGCGUACAGUCCCAUUAUAUCAACCCAGGCCUCUCCUCUGUGCCACGGACCCCAUGUGUCCCUGCCAGCACCUCACACAUACCAUGUCCCAAACCUUCCUUCCUCCUGUGUCCCUAAAGGAGCCCCUUCCCCAGAGGAGCCCAGCCACCAUUCUGGGGCCAGCUUAGUGCUCCAUUC